AUGCGACAGUGGCGACGAGGCGUGUUCCCCUUCCACCAAUGGCUCCGCCAUCGUUCCACGCCCGAUGCCAGCCGCACCGCUCUCCAGCAGUUCACGUCGAACCUACACCACAGCGACCAGUUGCCGGUGCCGAUCUCGCUGCUGCUCCACAACACGUUGAAACCGGUGGUGCCGCUGGACGUCUACAUCAGUUGCACCACGUUUGACAGCCACGGCGCCAUCACCGCCGUGUCCAAACGAUUCCCCAAGAUGAAGUUUUUACGUGACAAUAACCUCCACCCGCGUGACGUCCGCAAAAUCGAUACGUCCUCGAUCGAUAUCAGUCCCAGUAUUAUGAUCCGUGCCAAUAACGCCAUCAUCGUCAACUUGCUCCACAUUAAGGCGAUCAUCAAAAGGGAUCAGGUGAUGGUGUUUGAUACUAGCACCGAUAUUGGGGCGACACGCCUUGGUCUAUUUAUGUAUGACCUUGAGAUGAAGCUUAAGACCCCCUACGGUCCCCCGUACGAGUUCAGAGCGAUCGAAACGAUAUUGAUCAACAUCAUGACGUAUAUGGAGGACGAUUUGAGAGCGCAGACGGGAGAUAACAACCGCAUCUUACACCAACUAGAGGACCAAGUCGACCGCAAAAACUUACAAGAGUUAUUGAUCAAGCUGAAAAAGCUCGCCCGCUUCCACCAAAAGGCUCAGCUUAUUGCUAAUGUCCUUGAUGAAGUGUUGGAUAACGAUGAAGAUCUUGCGGGGAUGUAUUUGAGCCAGCCUCCCCCCGCCGACCACGACUACGACGACCUCGAAAUGAUCCUUGAAACCUAUUCCAACCAGUGCGACGAGCUCGUACAACACCUGGGGCUGUCGCUUAGUGAUAUUAAGGCCACUGAAGAAGUGGCCAACAUUAUCCUCGACGCCAACCGCAACCAGCUUAUGUUAUUUGAGCUUAAAGUGACGUUAUACACUUUGGGUUUUACGGUGGCGACAUUGGUACCGGCGUUCUACGGGAUGAAUUUGAAAAACUACAUCGAGGAAUCCGAGUGGGGGUUUGGAGCCGUGGUGGUGGUGCUGGCACUCCAAGGGUUGUUGAUCACCUACUACAACUUCCACAAGCUCCGCCAAGUGCAACGGCUUACGAUGAUGCAGUCGCGUCCUGCCGAUAGUCUCGUGGUGAGUCCCCAGACCCGUCCCAGUUGGUGGCGACGGCUUCUCUUUGGCGACCAUUGUCGGGAGUAUAACCCUCCUACCAAGCGCGAUGCUGAUGCCAUCUGGCGCAUGAUUAACGACGAUAAACGGUGA